AUGAUGUGCGUGUACUUGUUUUAUAUUCAUCGUAUUUUGAUCGAAUCGUAUGAUCUCCCAAAGAUGUACAAAAGUGCUUGUUUCGUUGUGCCGCCAGAUGUCUCAACGAACACCAGUGACAUACCAUGUUGGGAUCGGUGUAGAGACUUUGGUCCUCAGAAGCCGAUCCCGGUAACGAAAGGGUUCCGUUCAGAGGAAAAGAACCUUUCGUCGGUUGUUGUAUUCGAUCAGGUUCCGGGCGCAUCAUUCUACGUUGUACAGUUCAAAAAACUCCACUCCGCCGAGUUCCCGAUCGAUCAAUUCCAGAACACGCCUCUCAAAAGCGAUUUCUAUUCGGCGAAUGGUACUGUCGAAAUUACGUUCAAAUAUGAGCCAGGAGACUGCGACACGGUCGAGGGAAAUCCGUGCGUCAGAGUUGACAUCUUCCCAGCUCCUAUUUCAAAGAAGUACAUCGCUCCGGGCGACAAAGACUAUAGCUUGACGUUGAAUGUCACGUUUGAACCAAUUCGGAGAGAAAAUGAGCCGCCUACCAUCUAUUAUAAGGCGUUUUACGGAGACGCUUUACCGUAUGCGCAUAAAGAAGAGGUAAGACCACAAGCAAUGUAA